UUCGCAGCUGUACUCUACCUGUCCGGCGUCACACAGCACAGGUAAGAGUUUCUGACCUGAGCUCCGGGAGGGAAACUGACCCACAGCCAUGGCCGAGUCCCAGCUCACGUGCAUGGAGGAUGGCCACAUCAGAGCCAAUGUCCCGGAGACCAAACCGGAGUUUUACUACAGCGAGGCGCAGAGAGCUGCCAUAGAGGAGCUGCUGAGGAAUGGCGACGGAGCCUUCAAAAUGAGACUGAAGGAGGACAAGAUCGCUGACUUCCUGUCCGCCAGAGAAGUGAAGCUGCUGCUGAACACCUUCAAACUCUACGACCAGGGUCCGGAGGACAGCAGCAGCAGCAGUCCGGAGCCCACAGACCGGGACUCAGGUGUCCACUCCACCUACUGGCCCGAGAUGUCGGACACAGAGGUGCCGCCGCUGGAUAUCGGCUGGCCCAGCGGGGGGUUCUUUAAGGGAGUGACCCGGGUGGCGGUGCACACACACCCGCCCAAAGAGAACGGACCUCACAUCAAGGAGGUGGUGAGGAGGCUCAUCCAGGUGGCCAGCAAGGUGAUAGCGAUCGUGAUGGACAUGCUGACGGACGUGCAGAUCCUGCAGGACCUGAUGGACGCCGCCUCUCGUCGCUCUGUGCCCAUUUACAUCCUGUUGGAGAACCAAGCCGUGCCGCACUUCCUGGAUAUCUGCCACCGGCUGAAUAUCGGAUCACAGCACCUCCGGAACAUCAGAACCAGGACUCUCCAGGGUGUUGGCUUCGGUUUGUCGUUCGGCAGGCUGCCCGGCGCCCUCUGUAAUAAAUACAUGCUCAUCGACGGGGACAAAGUCAUGUUUGGGUCCUACAGCUUCUCCUGGUGUACGGCCCGUAUGGAUCGGAACAUGAUCACCGUGAUGACGGGUCAGGUGGUGGACUCCUUCGAUCAGGACUUCCGAGAGCUUUACGCCAUCUCCGAGAAGCUGGACCUCUGGAAGGAGUUCCACGUCAGCCCGCCUGCUACCAGUGCCACCAUAUCUUCCAAAGUGGGCCCCAAACGCCCGUCUCUGCCGGCGACCACCUCCCGCUUCCAGGUCAGCUUAGGGGACUCGCGCAACGCUGGUGUCCAGGUUCCUGCACACAAGUACCACAACCCCAAAUACUUACUGGCGCUCGGGGAAAUCCAGCGUCCAACAGGUUCUCUGCAGGAGCCAGGACCCAAGAGGGGGUUAGCUCUGCCAGAGGAUCCUCAGGAGAUGGGAAGACCUCGAGUGACCAGCAGUGAAAGGCUGGGUCCGCUGCCCUCUGAUGCUCCUGGAGACAGCUUCAAGAGGACAAACGGAGUCCCACAGGAGAAGAAAGGCCGACUCAGAUGGAAGUUGUUCAGGAGGAAAUCGUCCAAUAAGGAUAUUUUGGAUACAAGCCUUGCGGGCACUACCAGCCCCUCACUCUCAGAGAGCAACAGGACGGACGAGAACAAGGACGACUUUGAGGUGAUCGUGAAGUCUCCGUCCAAGAGUUGGCUGCCCAAACUGGGCCGACGGACAUCCAGGCAGUCCGUCAACACCGCACAGGACAAUGAGAGUGUGAAGAGUCAAAGUCGACGGAAACCUUUGUGUAAUAUUUCCUGAGGAGAACCUGCUGCUGUCUGACCAAAAAACGGACAACAUCUUUUUGAAAUGGAUUAGAAAAUGACUCACUGACGUCACCUUAAACUGUGCAGUAAAAGUACUUUAUCCAGUGCCUUAGAGAGAGACCACAGGAGUGAACAGUUAUUCAUGCACUGACAUAUUCGGAGAUUGGUGCCAAAUGUGUAUUGUUUACUAUAAAAGCCAUAUGCUGGAGUGUCUGUAACCCUGAUGGGCUUUUAGCCGGUGAUUGUUUGCUCUGCAUGUUGAUAUAUGAAUAUAUGUUUCUGUAAAGCAUUACAUGGAUUUUAUUCCUGCCAACUGAAGUAGUGCUCAGGUACCAGAUCAUUUAAAAGAAGUGUUUAUCUAAGGUUAAACAGGACUACACUUCCUAACCGCCAAAGGUGAACUACAGCUGAGUCCAGAGCAAAGUGUGUAAAUCUCUCAGAGAAAUCUGAUGGAUUUCCAAUGUUUCACCUCUACUGAUCACCCCUGUUGAUAUGGGCCAUCGUCUGUGUGUGUACAGGACUUUAUAUAGUCAGUAAUAUCUGUGAAAUAAUAUUCUAUAGAGUUUAUUCCAAUGUCCAUUUGUGGGAUCUCUUCUACAAUGUGCACAAUAAAGCAUCUCUACUUUAAA